AUGAUCAUACUUCAUCUAUUACCAAUUUUGCUGGCAUCAGAGAUUUCACUGUCAGCCCAAUCAGAGGCAUCAACAUCAAGUGAAACAGCAACUGUGUCACUGCGUCAUGCAACAGUUGUCACUGCUGAAAAUCUGCAGGACCUGAUCCAGUCGCCGUCUGUUUCUUUUGUCUACUUUAGCGGAGAUGAUUCACCAAGGGUUACAACAUUCUUGCAGCAGUACGACAAAGCUGCAAAGUAUCUGAAGAUGUACAAUGUAACACUGGCUGUGUACAACUGCACGUCCAUCUCGUCUGAUCAUGAUUUUUGCAAGAACGAAGGGGCAGACAACAAAGUUUACACCUUCCAAAAUGGAGCCGAACUUUUGAGUUCGACCUUGGAGAUGCUACAUGAUGUUGACUCCAUCAUGGCGAAUGCCUUACAACUCGUCCUUCUGCACCAAGUACCACUUAUCCAGUCUAAGCUGGAAUUAGAAGAUUUGCAGAAAGAUGCACUUGGCAGACGGGACAUUUUGUUUGCAUACCCUGCAAAGUUUGGAAAUGAAGAUCAUCGGAUUUUUCUGGAAGUAGCUUAUAGUUUCCAUGACCACUUCCAAUUUGCGUUGACUACAGAUGUCAAGGUCACACAAAAACUGCGAAGCAACAAACAGCUAGAGACUGGAUCCCAUUUGUCCUUGUGGAUUCUGUUUUGUGCUGAAUCCACAAGUCUGGAUAAACCUGUGGAUGUCAGCUGUCACAAUGUUGCGUACACAGAUGAGGUGGCCUUUACGGCUUUGGCCCAGUUUAUCCAGCGAUUGUUGCAGAGGAAUUUGUACCAUGCUCCAGCUGAUGGUGUCAGUCAAGUUUUUGAGUUGUCUGACCCGCUGCCCAUCAUUUAUCUAUAUGCCAGGAAGGAUGAGCAAAAAAAGAUGACUUCAGUCACUGAGUUCGUCAAGUUUGACCUGAAGGGCUAUGUCAAGUUGGUUCUAGUAGACAUGGAUGAUGAAGAAUGUUUGACGCAGGCUAAACAACAAGGGCAUUCUGGGAAAUUGCCAGCUGUUGGUAUCAAACAGGAUGGGGUUACAAUCUUUAUGGAUCAGAGUAAAAGAUGGUCACUGGCAAAUGUGCAGGAGUUCAUCAGAUCUGUGGUUUUCCCGGAAAAGGGUCAAGGUUUUGGGAUGACAGAACCUGAGGAAACGGAGUCGAACUGUGGAUGUGGUGGUGUACCUGAUAAUGUUCAAAAACAGGACGACCAGAUAGCAGACGCCGUGUCCGCUCUUCAUGCAAAAGAGAUGGAAUUGAAUCAUGUCCCAGCAUUCAUGAAACAUGACUUCUACAGAGUUGUUCCCCAUGUUGAUCUGAAGUUUAUUCUUUUUUAUCUCCCUUGUGA